ACCGAGGCCACCUUCACACAGUGGUGCCUUUCAUCUGGAUACGUCACCUUCAUUUCUCUGACACACGGUACCUUCUUCUCACUGUGUUGCUGUCUACACACUAAUGACCCUACGGGGACUGACACCAUUUCACAACUGCAAGUUGGCUGUAGCUGACAUGGCUGUCCAAAAUUGCUCCCCAAAAGGAGUUUAGAUGGGAUUACGUACCUUGAAGAUGGUGGUCAUGGGGUCAAUAAGAAAAACAAAUGUCCUUCGACUGACAUGUAAGUAACUUUGAUAGUUUAAAUGUAACAAUUAGUAUUGAAAGUAUUUGAUGAAUUAAUGUUUUUCACUGAAUGCAUGACUUAACAGCCAAUAUAUAUCCAACAGCUAUUAUGUAUCAUAAAGGCAAUAUAUAUAUCCAAUAGGGGAAUAUUUACCUCUCUUGUUCCAUCUCACUGAAUUUAUUUACUAACAAAUUCAGUGAGGCAGAAUGAGAACAAGUGAGUGUUAAGGCAACUGUGCAACUGGAUGUAAAACAGGAUUUGCAUCUGCACAGAUUACAUCAGUCUGAUCUGACCUGGGGCUUGUUUUGAGGGUUACCUCUCUCCACCAAUGUUUCCUCAACUUCCAUGAAUACUGAGGCCACCUUAACACAGUGGUGCAUUUGAGGCCACCUGCACAGUGGUGCCUUUCAUCUGGAUACGUCACCUUCGCUUCUCUGACACACGGUACCUUCUUCUCACUGUGCUGCUGUCUAUGCACUACAUACUGAAUGACCCUAAGUUUGACUGACACCAUUUCACAACUGUGACUCGGCUGUAGCUGUCGGCUGUCCAAACGUGCUCCCCAAAAGGAGUUUUUAUGGGAUUACGUACCUUGAAGAUGGUUGGUCAUCUGGUCAAUAAGAAAAUGAAUGUCCUUCAAUUGACAUUUUGGAUUGUCAUCUUUCUUCUCCUGGAUGGAGUCCCAUGUGUGUCAGCACUUAAUACUACAGGUUACUGUAUACGUCUGAAGGACCCGUCUCUGGCUCUGGCUGUUGAGACCUGUCUAAAGAACCUGAUGACAUCCUUCUGCUGUGACAACCACAGAGACGAGCGUCAACUACAGGCACUCACACAUAGAUACCUCAGGGGUUGGAGACCAAUAGUCAGCCAUUUCAGCGAUGUGCCCUACAACAUCACCCAGAGGGCUGUCAAUCACCCGCAGUACCCCAGUGUACUACAGUCCCUGGAGAACGAUGACCCCAAUGUGGCCAACUGUUUGAUCGACAUGAGGGGAAUCGAGACCAUACUGCUCAUUAAGAGGGAGAACGAAGCCAGAAGGGUGAUGCUACAAGGUCGCCCUCCUCAAAACUGCAGGGAGGCCUUCACUGAGAAUGGCGACCAAGUCUUCACCAACCGCUGCUUCACUGUGGAAAAGCAUGUUAGGGCCCUUUACCUCAGUGGAGACGUGGAUGAAGAGAUCAGGCAUUUGCGGGAUGCCCUUGAGAACCAGCGAGAGAAUCUGUCACGCCUCCAUCAGCACAAGCAGACGCUCGACUCUGAGAUCCGCCAGAACAACGCCCUGUUCAAGGCCGCCUAUGACGAGCGCACCAAAGUCAAGGAUAAGUCCAGGAGGUUGCAGUUGGAGGUCAGUGAACUGCAAAAUGUGGAGGAGCCCCAGUCUGAAGACCUGCUCCCACUGGAGGAGGAGCUGGAGGAGAUCCGGGCGAAGCUGACUGCGUCUGGACAGAGGUGUGCGGAGGCGGAGCAAAGGCUGGCCCAGGUGCGCAGCGUUGCGUCGGAGGCAGAGCAGAACUACCAGCGCCACCGGGAGCUCAUGAGUAGCGCGGCCGAGGAGGCUGAGCCAAUCAGGGAGGAGCUAAGCAAGUGUGAUCAGGAGGUGGAGAAGUGUAAGCACCACAAGAAACACUACGAGGAGAAGCGCAAAGCCCACGUCAACAACAUCCAGGCUCUUAAAAACAACCUGCAACAGAAAGAACAGGAGCUCCAGGAAUCCGUAGCAAAGGCAUCAGAGAUUUGUCCAGAGCGUGCGGAGGUGAGGAGGACGGCGAGGAGCCUGGACGUGGAGUUGAACCGCCUGCGCACCGCCAUCAACACCCAGCAGGGGCAGCAGGGGGACCACGAGCUCAUCAUCAGGGAAUACCAGGAAGCUUCACAGAAGUACAGCACUGCUGUCAGGGAACUGCGAAGCCUGAAGCAGUUUGGCGAGGUGAUCGCCGCCGUCGGCCACCAGAGGCAGAGAGCCUUCACCAGGCUUAGGAGUUUAUACUCACUGCGCUGCAAGUACUACUUUGACAUGACCCUGGCGCAGAGAGGAUAUGCUGGCCAUAUGAACUUUGACCACAAGAAUAAAACACUCUCCAUAGCUGUGCAGCCUGGAGGCAAGAACAAGGCAUCUCUGAGCGACAUGCGAUCGCUCUCGGGAGGGGAGCGAUCUUUCUCCACUGUCUGCUCUGUCCUCUCUCUCUGGUCUAUCACCGAGUCACCCUUCCGAGCCCUGGACGAGUUUGACGUCUACAUGUUCCCUGCCUGUCAGCAACCUGAUUCGCAUCCUGCGCCUGAACGAUCCCGACCGCAACUAGACCGGCCUGCCCUUUGGCCAGCGCAGCCAACCAGACGACUAGACCUGAGGAGAGAGGACCUCACUAAGGAGGACCUGGCGACUAGACCUGAGGAGAGAGGACCUCACUAAGGAGGACCUGACGACUAGACCUGAGGAGAGAGGACCUCACUAAGGAGGACCUGGCGACUAGACCUGAGGAGAGAGGACCUCACUAAGGAGGACCUGACGACUAGACCUGAGGA